CUGUCCGCUCCUUAUCUCUCUACUGUCCGCUCCUUCACUUCAUCUCUCUCUCGUCCAGGUUCAGAGGCUUCCCCAUUCUCUCUCCCCUCUCUAUAAUAUCCUAUCACUUUCUCUUUCUAAAACCAGACGCUCACCUAUAGCCAUCCUCUCUCUCUCUGUCAUCUCCCGAUCGCUCUAUUUCCACGCUCUAAGAGAGACCCAUUUCCUCUCUUUCUCUGUAAACCAUGCAACACCCUCAACCCCACCCUGCCAUCCCCUCCCCUGCGGCCACCACCGCUGCUGCCACCAUAAAACAAGGUAAAAAGAGAGGAAACUACAACUGUGGUCGAUGUGGGCAACCCAAACGCGGCCACAAUUGCUCCUCACCCUUCCCCCCUCCUCCUCCACCUCCCCUUCCUUCUCUCUCCAAGGACACCAUUACUCCCCCUCUCUUACUAAAACAAGAGCCCCCCUAUCUCUCUAAACACCCGCCUCCGUGCCCGAAACCACAAAGGAGGAGGCGAGCCCUAGACUUCGACAGUGAAGGCCAAAGGGUAAUGCCCGGUGGUGGGGACGAGAGAGAGUGUGAAGAGAGAGAAAGUGAGUUCAUGGAGGUUUGUUUGGUGGAGGUCAUGAGGAGACUGCCUCCAGGUGCCCUGCUGGUUGCGGCACAGGUUUGCGUCGGGUGGAGGGAGUGUGCGAAGAGGGUGUGGGCGGCGACUGAGGAGGUGAGGCUGUCCCUCGGCCACAGGCCUGGGGGCCUUCUCAGAUCCGCCUUGCAGAAGUGCCCCCGUCUCCUACGCCUCUCUCUCCGCAUCGUGAGUGAUAUUGAUGCCACUGUGUUGGCUUAUGUCGCAUUUGCCUGCCCCAAUCUUGAAUCCUUGGAUAUCCAGACUGAUGAUACUGCUGUAAAUCAAAUCACGGGGGACGAGUUGGGUCGUUUUGUGGCAGAGAGCCGGUGCCUUACCACCCUAAAAAUCGAAGGGAGCACUAACCUUGGGUUUCUCAGUCUUGCAUCCUCUAGCCUAGCAACUCUCUGGCUAUCAGAUCUUUAUUCAUUAUCAAAAACAGCUUUGUGCUGCCCUAAUUUGAAGGAACUCUCCCUGGAUUUUGCCCGAGAUGGGCAAGACAAUACGGAUCUGUGUAACAUGAUGGAGGGUAUUGGAAGGAGCUGCCCAAGGUUGAGAAACAUUCACAUUGCUUCAGUUAGACUGUCUAAUUCCUUCGUGCUUGCUCUUUCUGGUGCAAAUUUGAGAUAUCUGCGCAUGCUUGCCUUAGUUCUUGGUUUGGAAGUCACAGAUGCAUCUGUGGCUGCUAUCACCUCAAGCUAUUCCAGUUUGGAACUGUUAGAUCUUAGUGGAUCAAGCAUCAGCGAUAGUGGCAUUGGAAUGAUAUGCAAUGCUUUCCCUAGAACUCUGACCAAACUCUUGCUUGCUCUUUGUCCAAAUAUUACUUCAAGUGGUAUCCAAUUUGCUUCUGCUCAGUUACCUCUUCUACAGCUUAUUGACUGUGGAAUGGCAGUGCGAGAUCCCUAUUCUGAGAACAAGUCCCAGGGUGACCGUGAAAGAGCCGACCGGCAGAAGGAACCCAACUCCAGAUUGCAACCCAUAUGCCAGAAGCUCAUAAUAAAGCACAUGAGGCUAAAGAAGCUUAGUCUUUGGGGCUGUUCAGGCUUAGAUGCAUUGUAUUUGAACUGCCCAGAGCUAAGCGACCUUAAUGUUAACUUGUGCACCAAUUUGCAUCCAGAGAGGCUAUUGCUCCAAUGCCCUAGUUUGGAAAAUGUACACGCUUCUGGGUGUCAUGGCAUGCUAAUUGAAGCUGUCAAAAGCCAGGUUUCCAAUGAGUUGGGCAUUGUUGAGGAUUAUCUUCCAGCCAAGCGCUCAGCUGAUGGAUCUAAGAGGGUUCAAGUCCCUCAGUUUGGUGUCCAUCAGCAGCCAUCUGAUCAUGACAAAAGGAAGGCUGUGCGGCAUCCCCAAUGCAUGGUGCACUCAGACUGAUAUCUCUCUCUCUCACUUGUUGAAGAGUCAGCUAUUUGCAGUUCAAGUGGUUUACUGGACAGCAAAUGCAUUAGUUUCGCUUUUAGCCAUUGUAGCUUGGACUGUUCUCUCUCUCUCUCUCUCUGCCCCAAGUCUUGGAUAUUCAAGCGCCUAACUCAAACAAUUCCACAAGUCAAAAGUUUCUCAUUGUGCAUUUUUUCUUGCACCUCAUACCAUCAUUCUUGUUCCUUACACCCAAACUAUUAUGUGGAAUAUAAAUGUACUGAUGGGGAAUAUUGCCUGCCAUUCUAGUAGUUGUCAAUGUGCAGUGUCGCUUAUGUUGAUGUACCUAGCAAAACCACUCUAGAACCACUUUUACCAGUGGAAGGACUAUUGUCCAUCAUCCUCAAUAAAGAAUUCCAUUGGAUUUGCAGA